UUCAAAAUUGGACCAACCAAGUUGAGCUGGUUCGUUGAAUCAUUUCUGGAAUAUAAUAAUUUGCCAUUCUGUUUGCCCUAUCUUCUGCAACGUCGUCAAUCGCGCAACACUCCACCAUCUCGUCUCCCAAGGCAGAAGAAGAACCCCAUGGCGAUUUACGUCGCGUCACGGCGGCUUUCCGCCAGAACAACCGCGGCGACGCUGCGUUACGCCACUGCUCUGAGAUCUUAUUCGACGUCGUUUAGGGAGGAGAGGGACACCUUCGGGCCGAUCCAAGUUCCUUCCGAUAAGUUGUGGGGAGCCCAGACGCAGAGAUCGCUGCAGAACUUCGAGAUCGGCGGCGAGCGCGAGCGUAUGCCCGAGCCAAUCGUCCGCGCUUUUGGCGUCUUGAAGAAGUGCGCUGCCAAGGUAAACAUGGAGUAUGGACUUGAUCCAACGAUUGGGAAAGCGAUUAUGCAAGCUGCUCAGGAAGUUGCUGAGGGAAAGCUCAAUGAUCAUUUCCCCCUUGUUGUUUGGCAAACUGGUAGUGGCACUCAGAGUAACAUGAAUGCUAAUGAGGUCAUUGCUAACAGAGCAGCUGAGAUUCUUGGUCGCAAACGUGGUGAAAAAUGUGUCCACCCUAAUGACCAUGUCAACAGAUCUCAAUCCUCUAACGACACUUUCCCUACUGUCAUGCACAUUGCAGCUGCAACCGAGAUUAAUUCAAGGCUCAUCCCUAGUCUGAAAACUUUGCAUACCACUCUCGACUCUAAGUCCUUCGAGUUUAAAGAUAUUGUGAAAAUUGGAAGAACUCACACUCAAGAUGCUACUCCUUUGACGCUAGGACAAGAAUUUGGUGGCUAUGCUACUCAGACAGGAUUAAACACCAAGAAAGGGUUUGACGUAAAGAUAGCUGCUGCAGUUGCCGAAGAAACAAAUUUGCCGUUUGUCACUGCAGAAAACAAGUUUGAAGCUCUGGCUGCACAUGAUGCUUGUGUUGAAACCAGUGGGUCACUUAACACAAUCGCCACAUCGUUGAUGAAGAUUGCCAAUGAUAUACGUUUUCUUGGAAGUGGUCCAAGAUGUGGUCUUGGUGAACUUGUUCUGCCUGAAAAUGAGCCAGGAAGCAGCAUCAUGCCUGGCAAGGUAAAUCCUACACAGUGUGAGGCCUUGACUAUGGUUUGUGCUCAGGUAAUGGGCAACCAUGUAGCUGUGACAGUUGGUGGGUCAAAUGGUCAUUUCGAACUGAAUGUAUUUAAGCCGGUGAUUGCAAGCGCUCUCUUGCAUUCCGUGAGGUUAAUAGCAGAUGCUUCAGCUUCGUUUGAGAAAAACUGUGUAAGGGGUAUUGAGGCCAACAGAGAAAGGAUCUCAAAGCUAUUGCACGAGUCUCUUAUGCUUGUGACAUCAUUGAAUCCGAAAAUCGGAUAUGACAAUGCUGCAGCAGUUGCCAAGAAAGCUCACAAAGAAGGAUCGACACUGAAGGAAGCGGCUCUGAAGUUAGGUGUUCUUACCGCUGAAGAGUUUGAUACGCUUGUUGUUCCCGAGAAGAUGAUCGGACCCUCCGAUUGAUGUUGAGCCAAAAGCUUCAUUUGGCAUGUCCUAUUCUUGUUAAGGUCCAUGCUGAAGAGUCUUUUUGUCUUUGUCUUGCGGAUCUGAGAAGGAAGCUGAAGAAGAGUCUAUGGGGAGAAGUCAAACCAGAGCUGCAUGCAAGCCGAAGAUUCCAAAGGAUUCUCUUCUCUGAAAGAUUGAAUCCUAUUUUUGAGAUCUUGAGCGGGAUAGAAUCAGUGAUGAAGAAGAGAAUCGUUGACGAUGAAGUCUAUGGUUGCGUUCACGCCAGCCAGAGCUCAUAGAGAGAGCUGAGAAGCGCAGUGAUAUAGUAUCUGACCAACCGAUAUUAAGGCGAAGCUUCGAGGCGAUCGUAGCAGUCAAAGAAUAGAUGAUCUCGUGACUCAGGGAGCAUGUUGCACAGUAGACACACCAGAUCAGAUUGAAUCCCCCCCCCCCAGGAGAUGAAGUCGUGUUCGUGUCAGGCGCAGUUGAUAGAACCAAUGAGGCUAAGUGAAUGUGGAGAGCUUCCAUUUCGGGUUGGGGAAAUUCUCCAAGAGGAAUGAAUACCUGCGCUUGUCUUGGACCUUGCAGCGGACCAAUGUAGUGACUUGAGAGUGGGAAGGAAGCAGAAAGUCAAAGAAGAAGCAGGUUAAGAUCGCUUCAUUGAAAUUCAGAACCGAGAGCAAAGAGUUAAGGUGAAAGAGGAAGAAGUCUGCCGAGAAGAUUCAAGCGAUAGAUGGUGGAAGAAAAAAUGAGAAUCCCCAUUGCUCAAGGUAUCUAAUUUCGUUCUUUUUCUGUUUUUUUCAAAUCUUUUUUUUUGGGGAGAUUCUAUAUUUACUUGGAUUGAAAAAGGAAGAAGCUUAUGUGUAUAUUCAUAGUGUGGAAACAAUUAGAAACUAGCGUCCCAUCAUUUGAUUGAUCGUUAGAGGUUAUGUUCCAUUUGAAUUUAUACUUAUGAGAUCACUUUGUUAUUUCUAUCAGUUCUUGGCAAUAUUCUACAUUUGCUUAGAUUGAAAAUGGAAGAAGCUUAUGUGUAUCUUCAUAAUGUGGAAACAAUUAUGAGAUCAUUUUGUUAUUUCUAUCAGUUCUUGGCAAAUAUUCUAUAUUUACUUUGAUUGAAAAUGGAAGAAGCUUUAUGUAUUCAUAAUGUGAAAACAAUUAGAAACUAACAUCCUGUCUAUUUGAAUGAUUGUUAGAGAGGUUAGGUUCCAUUUGACUUUUACACUUAUGAGAUCACUUUGUUAUUUCUAUCAGUUCUUGGCAAAUAUUCUAUAUUUACUUUGAUUGAAAAUGGAAGAAGCUUUAUGUAUUCAUAAUGUGAAAACAAUUAGAAACUAACAUCCUGUCUAUUUGAAUGAUUGUUAGAGAGGUUAGGUUCCAUUUGACUUAACACUUAUGAGAUAUUUUGUUAUUCCUAUCAGUUCUUGGCAAUAUUCUAUAUUUUCUUAGAUUGAAAAGGAAGAAGCUUAUGUGUAUAUUCAUAAUGUAGAAACAAUUAGGAACUAGCAUCCUAUCUAUUUGAAUGAUUGUUAGAGAGGUUAGGUUCCAUUUGACUUUUACACUUAUGAGAUCACUUUGUUAUUCCUAUCAAUCCUUGGCAAUAUACAGUUUUCCCCUCUUGUUUUAAACGUUU